AAAAAAAAAAGUUGUAAAGAUUGAACAUGAUGGGCUUAAGGUUCUACUUGUGUUUCUUGGUUUUGUUUACAACCCUUUUCAUCUCAACCCACGGCCUUGGUCACCUUUGCCUGCCAGAAGAACAUGUUGCCUUAUUCAUCUUUGGAGAUUCAUUAUUUGAUGCUGGAAAUAAUAAUUAUAUCAACACCACUACUGAUUACCAAGCAAAUUAUGAGCCAUAUGGGGAGAACUUUUUCAAGUACUCUUCUGGGAGAUAUUCCGAUGGCCGUAUAAUUCCAGAUUUUAUUGCUGAGUUUGCAAAGUUGUCAUUCAUUACACCAUAUCUACAUCCUGGUUACCAUCAAUAUACUGAUGGGGCAAACUUCGCAUCCGCUGGAGCCGGUGCUCUUGCUGAAACUCGCCAAGGAAUGGUGAUCGACCUAAAAACUCAAUUAAGUUAUUUCAAGAACUUCGAGAGGCUGUUGAGCGAAAAACUUGAUGAUGCAGAAGCUAAGACAUUAUUGUCCAGAGCUGUAUACUUAAUUAACAUUGGAACUAAUGAUUAUGUAGUCCCUUUCACGAGGAAUUCCAGCAUCUUUCAAUCCUAUUCUCAAAAAGAAUAUGUAGACAUGGUGAUCGGCAAUUUGACAUUUGUGAUCAAGGAAAUAUAUAAGGAAGGAGGAAGAAAAUUUGGGUUUCUAAACUUGGCGCCAUUGGGUUGUCUUCCAUUGGGAAGAGCACUAAAUUCAGGAAAGACAAAUGAAUGCAAGCACGAACUGACAGCCCUAGCAAAACUGCAUAAUAAAGCACUUACCGAAGUUCUCCACAAUCUAGAGAACGAGCUCAAUGGAUUUAGAUAUUCAAUAGCCGAUACCUACACUAUUCUGAGUGAAAGAAUAAAUAAUCCUUUGAAAUAUGGUUUUAAGGAAGGGUAUAUUGCAUGUUGUGGAAUUGGACCGUACAAAGGAAUUAAUAGUUGUGGAGGAAAGAGAUCAGUUAAAGAGUACGAAUUAUGUGAGAAUGCUAGUGAAUAUGUGUUCUUUGACACUGUUCAUCCCUCAGAAAAAGCAAACCAGCAAUUCGCAGAGCUAAUGUGGAGUGGAACUCCCAAUGUUACAGGACCUUAUAAUCUCAAAGCAUUGUUUGAACACAAAUGAAUGUAGAUUUCAUAAGCAUUGA